GCACCUCCGGCACCGAAGAGUGACAAAACAUUUCAGUUUCACAGAAGUUGGCCCACCGUGUAUAUAAAUGUAUACACACAUAUAUUAUAUACACACGCGCACAUAUAGACAUACACACAUUUACACACAAUUAUUCACUGCAUGCGUGCACACAUCUACUUUAUAAACUUACAUAUAAAUAUCCAUUCCACACACACAUAUACAUGCACAAAAUUCUGUCAGCUUCCUCCUUCUCCAAAUACGUUGUCCACCUUCUUGAAAACAACAGAAAUUGCAACCAAUUCUUUCUUUAACCCUGCAGCGUGUGGCCGGCAAUUUACAAGACACACCUGGAACUAUGUUGACUGUACAAUGGCUUAGUUUGGAACGAGUUCAUCUAAUACCUAUAGUCGCUCUGUUUUUGAAUAUUCUGUUAAGUCUUCCUGCGACCAACGCCAAGUGUGUAUUUGUAGGGCACCCGAGCCAAGCUACGGUGAAGCGAAUCAGCGAUCGAAUCGCACCGCUUGAUCAGAAAAAGUUUAAAGUUGUUGGUAUGAUGGGUAAAUAUAUUUAUAACAUUGGUGUAUGUACUGCAAUUAUGGAGAGUGCUAACCAAGAUGAUAUUGCUGUACUACAGAUAAAAAGUGCUGACAAGACCAGUACUGUCAUUGGCAAUAUCACGAACACCUACAUAUUAGAUGGGGAUAACUGGGUAUCGUUAGAAUAUCGCAAUACCUACAAUAAGAAGAAGGCUCUUCUUAUGAUCAUUUGUGACGAAUCUGCAACUGAUGAUAAUCCCCAAAUUCAAAUUAUCUCUCAAAACAUCAAGAAAACUGAUAACUACUAUGUGUUUACACUUUUACAUCCAUCUGUCUGUAAGAAACAACCAUCAAUAAGUGUUGGAUCUAUCAUUGUAAUUGUUUUUAUCAGUAUUGUUGUUGCCUACUUUGUUAUUGGCUUCUUAUACAUGAGGUUUGUCUUAGAAGCAAAGGGCCUUGAACAAAUACCAAAUUAUGGAUUUUGGCAAGAUUUUGGUAACUUACUGGCGGAUGGCUGUAACUUAACUUGUCGAUCUGGAAGUUCAACUCAACAGAAAACUUAUAAAGGAAUUGGUGAUGACCAGCUUGAAGAUGAAGAUGAGCGUGAUGAACACUUACUUCCAAUGUGAAAACAGAGCCAAAUAGGUAUUUGGGGAAUAUAAAAGCAGGACACAUAAUCAAGUGAUGUCUGUGAAAUAAUUUAGAGUAUUAUCAGUUAAGCACUCAAUCUCAUAAAAUAAUAUUUUUUUUUUCGAAAUUUUGUCAAGAAGGAACUCACAGUAUCUGUGUACAAUUCUCUUGGUUUCUGAAUUUAAAUACUAGUAUUAUUGAAAGUAUUUUAAAAAAUGAAAUACAUUUCUUUAAAAAAUAUCGCAUAUUUCUUUUUACUUCAGUAACCAUAAAUACACACACCUUAUUUUUAUCAUUUGUCAUGAAAACAAUUGUAAGAAUGAUUGAAAAAAUUUACUAUGUUGUAAAUGAAAGAGAUAGAUUUACAAAUUGGAUUUCAAUGAAGAGUCCAAUUGAUUUCCAGAACCAUAUAUAUAUAUAUGCUAUAGAUAUGCACACAUGGCAACAAUCUUUGAUUGUCAAAAUUAUUUUUUAAAAAUAUCUGUCCAGAGGUGCUAUCACUUGAAUAGAUAUAGAAUUGUUCCUCAUUUUAUUUGUUGUGGGGUUUAUAGAAAAACUAAAUACUCUAUUAUUGAUGAACUGAUUUGUAUGAAACUUCACAAAAUACUUCCUGUUUUAACUCUUCCAGCCAACAUUGGAGUCCUUUCUAUUAUUGUACUAGCUAUUUCUUUACAACUGGUUUCAGGUUUUCCCAUUUUCCCUAAGAUUCCACUAAUAUUUAUUUAUAUAUAUUUCUUUGCCUUGUCUUUCCAAAUGCAUUUUGAAUGAAAAUCAUUUCACUUAAGAGUUAUAAAAUAAAAUUUGUUUCCUUUUUAAA